AUGCCAAUCCCCACGCGCUCGGUUUCUACCCGAGAGACUCGGAAGCAGCCUGCCGCAAAUGUAGGGCGCACGGUGUCAAACCUGAAGCCCUCUACUACCUCACAAUUGACCGAUGAGGCUCCAUCCAAGACCGAAACUACGAGAAUCGCUUCCUCCAACCUAACGCGUCGUCAAAGCCUCGUCCGUCCGAGUCAGCUGCGGAUUCCAUCAUCUGCAAAGCCCACCACUCUUCCAACAAGUACAAGGAGUGUUGGACGGAUUCCGACAUCCCCUGUUAAGCGCAAUGUGACCGUUAGACAGCAAAAUGGAGAACCUGUUGUGCCGAAAAAGACAGACAUGCCCCCUCCCGCGCGACCGGUGCGUUCAUCCUCUCUGAGGCAGCCGACACGCUCGAGCACCGUAACAUCGACGGUGCCGCGUGGACAUGCUAGACAUCAGAGUCAGAUCGUCACGCCGUCUUCCAGAAAUCUUGCUAUGCCGUCGACAGCAACAUCUACAGCGUCUAAAACACGAAAUCAGUUCUCUACGUAUCAGCAGCAAUUUUCCCCCAAGAAGACACAGGAACCAACGGCUUCGACACCCGACAACGGCCCCGACGAGGCCUCUUCCCUGAUACCUUCGUCCUGGCCAGAGGUAGCAGCGCUACAGACCGAGCUUCUUCAGCUUAGUCUUUUAUACCAGUCCAUGCAGCAACGCAAUGACCGAUGGCAACGAGAUGCGCAGGCGCACCUAAGGAAGAAAUAUACCUCCGUAGCCGGUGACUACAAGGCUAUUCUGAACGAGGAGAAAGAGUUGCAGAGAAGACUCAAUGGACAGGCCUUGCAUUCCUGGCUCAGAAACUCGGGCGAGCACAACGGGCAGCAGAGAUUUGCAGAACAUGUUCAGCUUCUAUCCCAAGUCGCCGACGAGGUGUAUGGUCUUAGCGACAGUCAUGGACGGCACGCAAUAGCCAUUUUGGAGUUCGAGGAAUGGCUGCAAACAGUCGAGAAAAUUCAAGAAGCUCGGGCAAAUAUAGGACAUGAAGGCGACGACUUCAUCGAACCCAUUCGGCGCGAGUGGAGGGAAGAAACCAACGCGCUGAUAAUGAAGCUAGAGCUGGCAUCGAGGCAAUUGCAGAGUCUUGAUAUUCUAGGACACGAAGACGUGGAAGCGCUCAGCCGUUCUGCUUUAAUUCGAAUGGCUAAAGGUCUCGGUGAUCUGGUCAGUCAGAUGGUCGAAGAACUAAAUGUCAUCCGCAAAAUUGAAGCCGACAUAGUAAAAUCUGAAAAGUCUCGGGUUAGUGAGAUGGCCCAACAACUGGUUGAGAUGCCACCGAUCGAGGAACUAGCGAUGCCGAGAACUGGACUUUGGACACGACCCGCGCUCAAAUCAUGAGAGACAGUCCAACCAACCAAUGCUAUCCAUAAUCCCGCUACCACCCCCCCUCUUUCCCGUGGGGUGUGCGAUAGCCGUGUCCUUAUCGGUUAAAACCAGGGGACAGAACCUGUUUUUACUGUUCUUUCGGUCCUUCAUGAUACCACCACGAAGGUGCGCCCUCAGUUGCAUUUAAGGCAGGCGCGCGGUCGACCAGAGUUCUAGUCUAAAGGAUCAGGCGACAAAACCGGUUUUAGAACAUCUACCAUUCUGGGUAUUUGCCAUGUUCAUCCAUCGCGGGUGGUGGUAGACGAACUGCCGAACUGCACAACUGCGCACGAGGUGAUGGUCUCAAUGUUCAAAUAUAAAACCUUGUAAUGCACUGCUGAUUUGAGUCGUUCUAUCUGCACCUCGACCUAUUCGGUUGAAACCUUUUGUGAGUCAGGAGAGACGCGGGCCUCACAUGCCACUCAGCUAUGUGAAGCUGUAAAGAUUCGCCAGAGACACACUGUUGUUUGGUUAACAUCUCGAUUGGACGGUUUAUAAUGGACUUGGUUUAUUAGCUCUGGGACUCCGUAUAUAGGAUAAUGAUCAUAAAUAUGAUCAUAAA